AUGUCCGACCUGCUCCAACUGAUACCUGACUUCCCUGUUAGGCAGUUUGCUGGACUGUUGCAGGCUCUGGAACGCCAUCAGCUUUCCGUCACAGAUUUACUAACUCAGGAUGUCGUUGACAUAGGCAAGCGCACUCAACUGCCUUUGCUUGACAUCAAAAGACUUUGCGCUGCCGUCGUCGAUGCCCUCCAUCGCGACUUUGGCUCUGCCAACGAGCCGCCAAAGGCUAGCCGGUUUCUCAAGCGCUCUCUGACGGAUCUUGAGAAUCAAUGGUCUACCAUUAGCACUCUAGACGACUCUCUUGACCGAGCUUUGGGGGGAGGAAUCCCAGCCGGCUAUGUGACCGAGAUCACGGGCGAAAGCGGCGCUGGAAAAACGCAAUUUCUGCUAUCCUUAUUGCUGGCCGUUCAAUUGCCGCCGCCGUAUGGCUUAGGGCGCCCGGCCAUAUACAUCACAACGGAGGCUCAGUUGUCCACCAAGCGUCUAUCGCAAAUACUGUCAUCCAAUCCGCGGUUCGCAGACCUCUCACCGGAAGACAAGCCGUCUCUAGACGGUAUCCUCAGUACUUCGACACCUGACCUUGAGUCACAGGAGCACAUUCUCCAAUUUCAAGUCCCCGUAGAAGUUGAGAGGCGGAAUACUGGACUCAUCGUCUUGGACUCUGUCGCCUCUAACUAUCGAGCCGAAUUUGAGCGAGGGGCUCUUGGUAAUCAUGGGUCAAAUAUGGGAGCCCGAAGCAACGAACUCACGCGACUUGGAGCCUUGCUUAGAGAGCUGGCCCAAACAUACAACUUGGCUGUUGUUGUCGCCAACCAAGUCGCGGAUCGCUUCUCCAGUCCUUUUGCGCCCGUGGCGACCCCUAGAGCGGCGCCCACGGCCGCUGCUCCGAGUUUCACUCAGGAAAGUCCACUGGCAUCGCGGAGCAGAGGGCUGAGAGCUUUCUCACCGUCGGCGGUCGAACCGACAUCGUCCAUAGCUGAACAUGUUCGUUCUAGUAUGCCUGAACCUCCCGGCCUGGAUGACUUCGGCCCGCCUGCGCCUCCCGCGCUCGCAUUUGACCACCAGCAACGAUGGUUCACGGGAUGGGGCGACGAUCCGUUUGCAGACUAUGGGCUCAAGACGCCCAGUCUAGGUCUUGUGUGGUCAACACAGAUUGCGUGCCGCAUCGCGCUUUUCAAGAAGCCCGUGUAUGGAGUGCAUCGGCACAUAGAAGAUGAAGCCGAUGAUCGGGGCAUGCCAGCGCUCAAGAACUGGCGACGAUGGAUGAAAGUGGUCUUCGCUCCUCACUCGAGAGCUACGGGGCAGGGUCUGGAUGGCGCUGUCGAGUUUUCAGUGACCAUGGCUGGACUGAAAGCUGUGACCAAAAAAGAAGCCGAUGACAACUGA